GUGGAAUUUCCGGCAAACGUUGGCCCGACCCGAUUGCUCACAAAUAUUUGAGUCAGCUAUCGCGGUAACAGGAGUAUUAAGCCGCAUGUUACACUUGCACCCGGUUAUAUAACGUCGGCGAGCCCUUUUUCCUAUCGGGAUAUCUUGUGGCGAUCAUGGCGCCUAAACUCUUCGACCCAACCAAUGUUGGUGUCCUAUCACUCAAACAUCGUAUCGUCUUAGCGCCCUUGACGCGUUUACGCGCAUCAAAAGCGCACGUACCCAAUGUUGGGAUCGUGAAGGAGUACUAUGAGCAGCGAGCGUGUACCCCGGGGACCCUUCUGAUCACAGAGGCCACCUUUAUCACUGAAAGGGCAGGAGGAUUUAACCAUGUUCCGGGUAUCUGGAAUCAGGAUCAGAUUGACGCUUGGAGAGAGAUUACCAACGCCGUUCAUGCCAAAGGCUCCUAUAUAUUCUGUCAGCUAUGGGCCCUAGGCCGCGCCGCCGAUCCAAAAGUGCUAGUGUCCAAAGAUUUGCCCUACGUCUCCGCCUCUGACAUCAGGUUAUCCACGGUAGCAGUCUCCCCUCGUCCACUAACCGUGAAGGAUAUCCAGGAAUACAUCCAAUUGUAUGCUCAAGCUGCUCGGAAUGCCAUCAAAGCCGGAUUUGACGGCGUGGAGGUGCACGGUGCAAAUGGGUACCUUCUGGAUCAGUUUACGCAGGAUGUAUCAAACAACCGGACUGAUGCAUACGGGGGUAGCUUCGAGAAUAGAGCACGCUUCCCACUAGAGGUCAUCGAUGCUGUCGUUGAAGCGGUAGGGCCGGAAAGAGUCGGUUACCGUAUCAGUCCUUGGAAUCGCGUCCAAGAUAUGAAAAUGGAAGACCCUAAACCUACCUUCGCAUACCUUAUAUCACAGCUAAAAGCGCGGCAGCCUCUGUUGGCGUAUCUGCACGUCGUGGAGCCAAGAGUGGUCGGGUUAUACGAUCGGAAGGAUGCCGAUAUAGGGAUAGACGAAGAGAACGAUUUUAUUCGGAGCAUCUGGGUUCCAAAGCCCCUCAUAUCCGCGGGAGGUUACAACCGUCGAUCUGCGAUCGAUACUGCGGAACGCAAGGGCGAUUUGAUUGCCUUUGGAAGACACUUCAUCGCCAACCCUGACUUGGUAUACAGGCUGGAGAACGAUAUUCCGCUAAAUGCGUACAACAGAAAGACGUUUUACCUUCCUGGGGAAGUUGCGGCAACAGGAUAUACUGAUUAUCCGUUCGCAGAAGAGUUCGUUGGCAAGUCUCUGUUAUAGAUGCCUUGCCCGUAUCACGUAUCAGCGGUUUGUGAAACACUCGAGUCAGUGCCUAUG